AUGGGGAGGACGACAAACUGCAGCUGGAUUGGGCCUGAGAUCCCUCUGUCAUCACAGUUCUUCAGUGGUAAGGAAGUUUUAUUUACUUUUUUAACGGGAUCAAUGAAAAGGCAGGAAGAAAAUCACAGUUUCAAGCUAUCGUUAAUCCUGCUAAAAUUUGGACAGAUUUUAUGUCUUUGUUAGUUUUCAUAUCCAGGCACACUUAGCUGGACAUACUAUUUAUAAAACUCACAGGCCAUAGUGUGUGUUUUUUCUUGUCUUGCUGUGUGAUCAGCUAUCGAAGAUGAGCUGUGGCUCUUCCUCAUCCCGGCUGGCCUUGCUCUCAUUAUAAUUGGGGUGUUCCUGGAGGAGGUGGGCUUCUUUCUGCGCCACAUCCACUCCUCCAGACGGAAACGGCUCUACCUGUGGAUAUUAGGGAUGUACCCGGUAAAUUCAACAGCUUUGUAUACACUAACAACCUCUUAACAUGAAAGUUAGGAAACCAAUUCGCAUCUGAUCUGUCUGACGGCCUUUUUAUUCCAGGUAUUUAUCACCACCUCUCUCAUAGCCCUGUACGUGCCCCGCUCCUCCUCCCUGUGUAACUUCAUCGCCUCUCUGUAAGUAAAAAGUCUACAUUUUUGUAGGACAGUCGUCACACCUUCACAUGGCUGCUCUUCUAUAAACAUCACUGUGCAGGUAUCACUCCAUCACCUUGCUGAAGUUCAUGGGGCUGAUCACAGACUUCUUUGGAGGAAAAGCUCGAAUGCUCUCGGCUCUGUCUGGACAGCAGGUACCUCCUGACCCGUUCCCCUGCUGCUGCUGCUGCUGCCUCCCUAUGGUGUCCAUCAACAGGUACACAUUAUACACAAGUCUGAGAAACAGACAGAAAUGUUAAGAAUAGCAGCUUUCUGUAACCAGGUGUACUGGAUCUUUAAUGAACUUUUAGGACUGAUGGUUUUAAUUACACUAAUCUUUAUAUCAUUGACAACAUACGCAACACCAUCACCAGAAGUGCCAAGCAACCAAGUGUUGUGCUGUUCACAAAGGUCAACAAGUGUUUCAGUCAUUCCACCUAUGAGGACAGUAGAGGGGAAGAGCUGAGCUUCAGUGCAUCAGUGUUCCCUAGAGAAUGGAGGCUUUAUCUUAGAGGUAGAAAAGGGACUCUCUGGGUCUGAUAGAGUUUGGUAUUUCAUUCCACCUCAGAGGGAUGGCAGGAGAGAAGAGUCUGGUUAUUGUCUAAUAUUACAAACUGUGUAUUGGCAACAUUACUGUUCCUGCUGCUAACAUGUUUAACCUUCACCCCUCUUCUUGUUUGCAGCAGCAGCCGUGGUUGGAUGAUGGCCGCUGUGCUGCAGCUCUCUGUGGUCCGCAGUAUUUUGUUCUUUGUCACUCUUGUUCUGUGGACAGAUGAACAGUACGACUAUGGAGAUGUGAGUCAUUUAUCCAGACUUCAGUCUGUGUUUAUUCUUACAUGAACACUAUUCACCAUCUCUCAGCUCUUCUUCUUGAUUCUUCGGUUAAAGGAAAGUUCUUGACUAAAUCAGUGUUACGCCAAAAUGCUUAAAGAUGUAAAGACAUCAAUCAGACAAUCAAUCUCAGUUUAUUUGCAUGUUUCUUACAACCCUAAUGUAACAUAAAGUGCUGGACAUAAACAAAAAUGAAUAAUGAAAUCAAAUAAGCACCUUGAAAAAAAGUAUAAAUAAAAGGUUCAAUAAAAACAGAAGCUGGAAAACAGAGGGAAUGGUAACUUGUGUAUGUUCUUCACCUUUAUUUACUGGCUAAAAUCUAGGAGAGACGUUUGAUUCAGACCUUUCCUUUCAGCUACAUAUCAGGGAUAUUCAAAAAAAGGCAUUUUAUCACCUUUAAAACAUUGACAGUGUGACAGACUUUCUCUCAAGCCAAUGCAAAGACACACAUUUGUGCUUUCAUCACAUGCAAAACUGACAAUAAUAACCCUCUUUUUUCUGCUCUCCAUUAAAAUAGCAUCACUAGUUUCAGCUGCUUCAAAAGUCAGCCUCAAGAAUGCUCAUGAAGACCAGAAAGAGAGCCCACAUUACACCUAUUUCAAAGCCUCUGCAUGGGCUUUCAGUAUCUUUUAAAACUACUUUAAGACUCUUUUACUGGUUUUUAAAGCCUGUCAUGGCCUUGCACGAACUGAUAUAUCAAAUUUGCUUUUAUUAUAUGAGCUAGUGAGAAUUUUUCUUUUUAUGUACAGAUUGGUGGUUUAGAAGUUUUUAGAGUUUUUCACAUGGGAACUGAUAAACACAACAGUCCUAUAGGUGUCAGUACACUUUAAAUGGAGAGCUUCUGAGGUGAUCAAAAGUGCAAGAUUUUUAUCUUCAGGACGAGAUCAUGAUGGUGGUAGGAUUACUCUGAUAAAGUCUUGCAUUUUGCCAGAACUCACAGCGUUAAGAGAAAGCAUAAGAACUAGAGACUCAAAGUGAGUGGAGGCAAACAUACAACUGAACAUAGAAAAACUGCAAGCUCACAUCUGAAGCUGUGAUGUGCUUCCUAUUAAAAGAAAAAAAGUCUAAUGAUUAUAUACAGCAGACUAAGUUGAAGACCACUUUGUUCUUGUUCACCAGGUGGAUUCUGUCGACCCAAACUUGUAUGUGAAUGGAAUCAUAUGUGUGUCCACCUUUGUGUCCUUUUAUGGCCACCUUCUGUUCUACAAAGCCACCAAAGGUGCUCUACAUGGCUACGGACUGAGAGCCAAGUUCAUCUGCAUCAUCGUGGUGUUGGUGCUGUGCGGCCUCCAGAGUGGCAUCUUGGAGACCAUGGGUGCUCUGGAGGUGAUCCCCUGCACUCCGCCCUUCUCCACCCUCACCAGGUCCCAGUGUAAGUCCCAAUCAUGUACACAAUGAAAGAUUUGUUGCAAAGUUAUCUUUUUUUCAAUUUUAGUUUUCUUAUUCACAUGCUUGGAAAUGCCACUUUCAUUUGUGCAGAGUCUAAGAUGUUGUUUUUUUUGCCCCACCUCAGUGAUCUACCACUACUGUGUGAUUGUUGAGAUGUUCUGUAUCGGCUUAUACGCCCGCCACACUUUCCGAAAGGAGGAGCCGAUCAUAGUGGGGGAUUUGGAGAUGCCACUCAGUGUGAUGGACAAAGCUGUUCAAACAGACGACCUUCAAAGGACUUGUCCUCAGCCAGACCAGCAGUCUGAGGAGGUCUGGCCCGGCCGCUGUGUUUCCAGCGACAGUAACAUGGAAGAGAGUCUGUGCCGGAUAGAGCACGCUCCUCUGGAGGAAUUCCCUUUCCCUCCAACCAGAAGUCAGAGGUCACACAGACCAGAGCCAGAGGAGUUCAGAUCUGCAGUGGAGCCUGAUGCGGAUGUGACUCGCAUUACUGUGAGGGCUGAUAUUAACUAUCAGGACUCUAAGGAUGUCACUGUGGUUUGA